AUGUCCCAAGAAGAAAUCUUCGCCGCCUUUGCCAACCCCGACACAAGCCGGCUCCUUGCCCUGAUAUGCGCCAACCCGUCCUUUUCCACUCUCGAGAGUAUCAUCAAGUCCUUCCUCCCAUAUCUCCGCCUCCGCAACCCAACCCACGCCCUUCAAAUCGCCGAACAUCUAAGCUCGAUCGGGAACGCCGACAAACUCUGGGCUAUCUGGAACCUUUCAUCCGACGAUUUCUUACGGAGCGUCUAUGAGAUGCUGAAGCGGCAGGCCGACGAGAAGAUGGACGUCAACGUCCACCCACAGAACGACUACCUGCUUCGGGCGAUGAUGUACGGCGCCUGCGCGAGCUCCGGUCUGUGCAAGUCGGUCGCGUACAUGGCGUGCGGUAUCACUCGGGGGCUUCAGCUGCCUGCGGGUGAGAAUUUUAGAGAUUUCUUCCCGGAGAGUGAAGAUGAAGUACGCGCUCUGCAUGCUAUCAUCCAGGUGUUGGCGUGGGGGCUGGAGUGCGGUCUUCCGCCUGGGACGCCCUUUGAGAUUGAAGAGAUUCUCCCUGGGUUGUUGGAAAUUGAGAAGAAAGGUGUCAUCAAGCAUCCUGGUGGGCGCGCUUUGCUCCAGCUGGCAAUCCGUGAAGCAAAGGGCGGGUUCGACAACGAAACCUCGUACGAGGAUAUAUGGACCACCCUCUUCCCACCACCACCGUUGGGCGGCGACCAUCUGCGUGAUGAUGUGGGGGUUUAA